CUUUAAGAAGUCACGCAUGCGCAAAUCAGUGAGAAAGUUAACUGCUGAACUUCGUAGUCAGAAAAAUUCUGAUUUAUAAAAUAGCAGGGAUAACACCAUUGAGUUGACAUGGCAUUUCGCCGAAGAAACAAGAGUUACCCUUUCUUCAGCCAGGAAUUCUUAAUUCAAAACCAUGCCGACAUCGUCUUCAGUUUGGUGAUUUUCAUUUUGAUUGGAUUGAUGUUUGAGGCAACAGCCAAGACGGCCAUACUGUUCAUUCAGCCUCAGUACAAUGUUACCACACUAUCACCAGAGGGCGAGGUGACGUUGUACCAUUACGGAUGGAAGGACUCUGCCACCAUCCUUUUCUAUUUCUUUACCGCCAUCAUCCUCCAUGCAGUAGUGCAGGAGUAUCUUCUGGAUAAAGUGAACCGACGUCUCCACCUCUCAAAGAGCAAGAAUACCAAGUUUAAUGAGUCGGGUCAACUGUGUGUUUUUCACUUGGUGUCGAGUGUGUGGAGUUUUUACAUCCUCAUAACAGAAGGAUAUCUCCUGCAUCCCAGCAGCCUUUGGGAGAACUAUCCCCAUGUACACCUCAGGUUUCAGGUGAAGUUUUUCUACCUCACUCAGCUGGCCUACUGGCUCCAUGCCUUACCAGAGCUCUACUUCCAGAAAGUACGCAAGGAGGAGAUUUCUCGCCAGCUCCAGUACAUCUGCCUGUAUCUGCUGCACAUCGCUGCAGCCUAUUUGUUGAAUUUGAGUCGUGUAGGCCUGGUACUCCUCUUCCUCCAGUAUGUGUCAGAACUGGGCUUCCACAUCGCCAGACUCUUUUACUUCACUGAUGAGAACCAUCAGAAAAUGUUUGACUUGUGGGCGAUCAGCUUUGUGUUUACACGGAUGGUUACUUUGACCCUAAUGUUCCUGGUUGUUGGCUUCGGUUUGGCUCGUGGUGAAAACCAGGGGCUGGACUGGGAGAUGGGCAACUUCAACACCGUACUGAUAAGGAUGACUGUUCUACUGCUGGUAUGUUUGACCCAAUCUUGGCUACUCUGGAAGUUUAUCCGCUUCCAGCUGAAGCGCUGGAGGGAGUUCAGACACGAACAGGCUGUUCGCAAGAAGGCUGCCGCAAAACAACCCCUACGGCCACUGAAGAGAGAUUCACUUGGUCACCACGAAAAUGGAGUUCUAAAAGCUGAGAAUGGAGCCUCUCCUCGGACCAAAAAACUCAAAUCUCCCUAAGAUAACCCAUUGACUGGCCUGAACAGUGGCCUUAGCCCUGGCUAAGGUUUCUCAUCAGCACAACAGGGAAGCUGGCGGCCACUGGCCAUCGAGCCUCAUCCUGAGAUGUUACACGGACUCAGAAUACAGACUUAGGCUUGAAU